CUGGCAAGUCGCGAGGAUCUAGCUUUUUCCCCCCUCGGGUGUGUUGAUUCUUGUAUCUGGACUAAAAGUGGAAAAGCGCGCGCGUUCGCGUUCUUGUUGAUUCUGCUUUUUUAAAGUAAGCCUUUUGGCUGGUGAUCAGUGAGUUAAGUUGGGGGAUCAACGGUAGAGUGAAAGGACUUUUCUCAAACUUGAAGACAUAUGGGAAAAGACGGGACAGCUGAAAACUGAAGCCUUCAAAAAACCGAAAAGGAUAUCGGAGAAACCGUUAAAGUGCAUUUUUCAACCAAGGAAAACCCAAGUUUAUGAGUUAGUGUUCAGUGAAGUGAAUAUUUGAAACUAGCAGCUCAUCAGCAAAGUGGAAUAAAUUCGAGAAUCAGUUUUCAAAUCGAACAAUUGACCAUAAAUAACAAUUGUUUCUCACCUUACUGACAUCCCGAAGGAAGCCCAAGUGCGCUGAUUAGUGAUCUUGUGGAAAUACCGGAAACUUAGCAUUUUAUCUGACUACUUAAAAUAAAACAUCGCCGGAAGAUUUUUUCCCCCGGUCAGUCACAAUCGAUGCGUGAUCUGUUGUAAAUAACCGGUACUCUCCCGCCGCUUCGGCUUGGAUCAGUGUUGUUACUCCGGGGCCCUGGAAGAACGAUCAUCCUGUGCUGUUAAGAUGAUGCCGAGUUUUGACGCCUGAAGAGACCGUCCAGGGAGAGUGUGUGUUAGGGUGGUGCAAGUGUGUGGUGUUUAAGCAGGGGCUUUAGUUGGUUUUGUUUACGGUUUUUUUUUGCUUCAACUCGACAAAAGUGUCGCGCUUAGAUUAGCGGAACAUACAUCAUCAUCAUCAUCAUGACGACCACGCCAAUAUUCCCACUGAAUGCCGGGCGAAAGCGAAUCCUUAAAUUCGGCGUGCUCGGGUUGCUCUGCGUGGUAAUCAGUUGCGCCAUCGUGGCCAUCGAUCCGACUGAGGUAGUCGUUACAAAUAUGCUAUCCAUGUACGAAGGUUCCUAUAUGAACAGACUGUGGAAGAAGCCACCCUUAGAAGUGUUCAUAAGUAUACGGGUCUUCAACGUAACCAAUCCGGAUGCAUUUCUUCAUGGCCGGGAGAAACUUCGAUUGGAGGAGAUCGGCCCGUAUGUGUACCAAGAGUUCCUGGAACAUCACAACGCAACCUUCAAUCCGAAUGGCACUCUCAGCUUCACCCCCGUUCGGCGUCAAGUUUUUGUACCGGAACGAUCGAUAGGCGAUCCCAAAAACGAUCGCAUCAUAGUACCAAACAUUGUGCUGCUAGGGCUGUCCAGUGCAGCCUAUCGGAUAUCAACCUGGGCUUCACUCGCCGCCGCUGCCGCUCUUAAACCUCUCGGGAUGAGUCCGUUUAUGAACAUAACCUCCCACGAACUACUCUGGGGCUACGAUGACCCAGUCGUAAAAGUGGCGUCAACUCUCCUUCCCGAAUUCAUCACCUUCAAGAAAAUAGGCGUACUUGAUCGGAUGUUCGACGACGGGUUCAAUACGGUUACCAUCAACCUGCCCAAGUCGGUGCAGAACCAGCGAAAGCAGAAGGUCGUCUCCAAAGGCAUCUCGGAGCACGACGUGCUGCACUCGGCCGACGAUUACGACAGUCAGCUGAACGGGGAGGACGAUGACGACGACGAGGACGAUUACGGGUUCGAUGCGGAAUCCAUUGCGGAGCUGGUCGUCGAGAAGGAACGGGAAGAGCGCGAGGAUCCGAUCCGGACCUACUCGAUCGACCUGUGGAAUGGGUCGCCUGGGCUAGCUCACUGGGGCUACGUCGGGAAGGACCACUGGGAUGCGGACCGGAAAAACACACCCUGCAACACCCUGCAAGGAUCGUACGAUGGGACUGUUUUCCCCCGGAACAUCUCCAAGACGGAAGUGUUCAAAGUGUACCGGAAGGCUUUCUGUCGAACGUUGCCCAUUGCCUUCGAAAAGGAAGGCGAACACGACGGCAUCAAGGCGUACUGGUUCGCCAUCCAGGAUAAUGCGUUCGAAAGUUCGACGGACGAUCCGUAUACGGCCUGCUACUGCCGGAAUGGUCAGUGCCUGCCGAAAGGGCUGGGCGAUCUGAGCCCUUGCUGGUACAACAUUCCCCUAGCCGUAUCGUUGCCCCAUUUCUACAAAGGCGACAAAGCUCUGUCAGAUGCGAUCGAUGGAUUGAAGCCGGUCAAGGAGAAACACGAUACGGUGUUGAUCAUGCAGCCGCAACUAGGGAUUCCGAUGAAGGCAAACAUCCGGGUACAGAUAAGCUUGCUGACCAACGUCAGCUUCAACGCGGACCUGAAACCGUUCCACAAUUCGGCCAUCCCGCUGCUGUGGGCUGAAAUGUGCGUAGAAAAGCUUACCCCGGACAUCGUGAUGCUGCUGCAUCUGCUGUUCGAUAUCGCCCCGUACCUGCAAACCGGUUGUGUCUAUCUGCUGGCGCUACUCGGGCUUUCGCUACUCGCCACCACGACGCUGAUGUCGCUGUGCUCCCGGCAUGCCACCCUCGAGUACGAUCCGCGGAAAUCCAUCCGAUACUCGACCGUCAACAUGAUCCCGUACCCGUUGCGCAAGGAGCUGGAAAAGUAUGGCAGCAGUGGCCUCGAGGGGGUGGCAGAAAUUCGCCGGGAGGCGUUGCUCAUCGAAAACGAAGCAUCCUAAACUGUGAACCGACAACAAAUGAUUCGGUUCGACUUUGGCCAAAGUUUGCGACCGGUUGGACUGGUUUUCCCAAAUUCGAAACGAACAAAGUCGAGCGGGAUUGCAACGGAUUAUUCGUUCUAGAAUAACGCAGUCAUUGUGAUAUCUAAGCUACACUCUACCUAUAUGAUAUGUUUUGUAAUUUUAGAUUUUAUUUUUGUACAUAUUUUCCAAUCAAACAUAUAUUUUCUAAUUUAAAAUGCAAAAAUCUAUGUUCACAUAGCUAGGAGGCGGUUUUGUGUUAUUUUCUAACUGUAGUAGGAAGGAGCGAAUCAAUAGCAACUGACGAUAACGAAUUUUUUUUUAUCCCAAAACAGUUCCAUGCGAUAGGGUUUUUUUCUACUUACUGAAAAUUUACUAAUGAGAAAUA